AUGGCGAAAGUAAAGAAUACGACCAUGAUCAUCAUCGGUGUCGUGGGGUUCAUUGCCGUGGCGGCCGGUGGCUUUGGCGAGCACGUGCUGGGCCCGAAGAUGACCCCGGAGAUGAAGUACGCGUGGGGUCUUGCGGUGCAGUUUAAUCUUGUGCAUGCAGUCGCGAUGAUGGCGGUGUUUGCCGCCAUGAAGUCCCUUGACCCCGACAGCUCCGCCGCCAGGCGCCUCAACCGCGCCUUCCACCUUCUGCUUCUGGGCACAUCGCUCUUCGCGGGCUCCAUCUACGCCAUGGGAUUGGGGGCGCCGGGCAAGACGGUGGGGCCGCUGACGCCCGUUGGAGGUGUGACGCUGAUGAGCGGGUGGCUCACCGUUGCCCUUGCCGGCUUUUGA